AAUUGACGAACACUUAACCCACAGAUAGGCCUCUGCUAUAUUCGACAGCAACACAACCCUUCAAAGUGGUGACAUUGGUUCUUCAUAAGGCUGCUGAGGGGUCAGCAUUUAGGGUCAGCAUUGAGGGGCCAGCCUUGAGGGGCCACACCAGUAAAGCCCAGUUCAGACCAAAGAUUGAAUCUUUCGUCUGAACUGGGCUUAGCAAACCUUGAGGUGUUUUAAAUGUGAAGUGAAAUUCACGGCUGGAAUUGUACAUUAUCAUCGCAUACUAGGAGGAGUGGACCGAAUUGAACUGAACCGUUUUGCUCCUAUCAUUUAAACACCCUAUAGGCCUAAUUAAAUACGGUUAUGGUCGGAAAAUAUAUUUUCAUAAUAAGGUGGAACAUAUCAGUACAUUAUUUAACAAUAAAAUCACACAUUUCUAUAAUAGGCUAAUUAUGGAUUUAUUUAUAGGCUAUUUCUUAAUUGCUUCCUUUAUUUAUUUAAUUAAAAGGACAACAUUUGAGCUCAUUGGUCCUCAAUACAAGCAUUAUUUUCCCUCAACGGACAUGUGUGCAAUUAACCUUUAAACGUCUGAUAUGUAAACAAUUACAAAAAAACCUUGAGCUGUCCUCGCUGCCAUGGCCAGCUAUUUCACUCUUGAAGCCUUUUGUUCAAACAAAAGCCCCAUUGUGCAUCCAAGUUGCUCCCGUUCAUCGGACAUUUCUAUGGCAAUUCACACUCUUCUUGCAAACGCUGGACCGCAAUCACUGAAACAGGCUACACAGACACGACCGAGAUGGAAGCCAUUUAUGAGGAAGCCGAGGAAGUUUCGGUGGAAUAUUAACGAGGAGCGUUUACAUAAGAACCACCUCUGCGUCAAGCUGCCUUCAGAGAUCAGCGAGGGACGGUCUUGGAAGUCCAUCAAACAAUUUGCUGUGCAACUGCAAAACUUUUUUUGGAAACGCCAUCAUGGGGAAGAAAUUGUGUGGAACGAAUUACCCACUCAGCAUCGCGUUCAUAGUCGUGAAUGAGUUCUGUGAACGAUUCUCCUACUAUGGCAUGAGAGCGGUUCUGACACUCUAUUUUGUCAAUUACCUGCACUGGGACAGGGACCUGUCCACCGCCAUCUACCAUGCCUUCACCAGCCUCUGCUACUUCACGCCUGUACUGGGGGCCCUCAUAGCAGACUCCUGGCUGGGUAAAUUCAAGACCAUCAUCUACCUGUCCAUCGUGUACGUCAUCGGCCAUGUGGUCAAGUCUGUCGGGGCGAUUCCCACCGUGGGGGACACCUCGAUGCACAUUGCGCUGUCCAUGGUGGGCCUGAUCCUCAUAGCGUUCGGGACGGGGGGCAUCAAGCCCUGCGUGGCAGCGUUUGGGGGGGACCAAUUUGAGCCGGAGCAGGUGGUCGAGACGAGGAAAUUCUUCUCCAUCUUCUACAUGGCGAUCAAUGCUGGGAGCGUCCUGUCCAUGAUCGUGACCCCUAUUCUCAGAGGUGAUGUCAAAUGUUUCGGGGAUGACUGCUACGCGCUUGCCUUCGGCGUUCCUGCAGUGUUGAUGGUCGCGGCUUUGGUGGUGUUCAUCUCUGGCAGCGGCAUGUACAAGAAAGUUCCUCCAGAGGGAAAUAUAUUAAUGGAUGUCUGCAAGUGCAUCGGGUUUGCUAUCAAAAAUCGCUUCAGAAGCUCCAAGCAUGAUGUCAAGAGGAAACACUGGCUGGACUGGGCUGAGGAGAAGUACUCAAAGCGACUGAUUCAGGAGAUCAAGAUGGUGCUCAGGGUUCUGACGCUCUACCUCCCCCUGCCCAUGUUCUGGGCCCUGUUUGAUCAGCAGGGAUCCCGCUGGACUCUACAGGCCACCAGGAUGAACAUGGCGAUGGGUGAAGGUUUCACUUUAAAGCCUGACCAAAUGCAGAUGCUGAACGCUCUGUUGAUUCUGAUCUUUGUGCCUAUCUUUGACUUCAUAAUAUACCCGCUGGUCGGCCUGUGCAGGGUCAACAUCACGCCCCUCAGGAAGAUGGCCUGUGGGAUGAUCUUUGCGGCGAUUGCCUUUGGUCUCGCUGCUUUUGUAGAGAUCAAUGUGGUGAAAUCAGUGGUGGAGCCUGCGGGACCAGGAGACAGUCUUGUUCAGGUCUAUAACCUGAUGGAGGGGGAUCUCUCUCUUUCUCUACCUGUCACUGGCUCUGACCCGCUUAAAAUGCCGAUCAGUUCAUUUCAGGACCCCCAGGAGUACAAAACGCUUCACCUGGGAGAGCACAGCACCAACCUGACCAUACGCGUCCAUUCCCCCGGAUCGGUCCACGAAAUCACGCAGUCGUACACGGAGCAGCGAGCCUACAGUCUCAUCCUGUACCCGGUAGCAUCGGGAAACGGAAUGGAGCAUGACCUUGUGGAGGACAAUAUUGAGAAAGAUCCCGGCGGGAAUGCCUUUUUGAGGUUCAUCAGCACGCUUCCUGAAAACAGCAGCGUGUAUCUUACGGAUGUUCCCAUCAAUGUCCAGGCUAACUACAUCAUGUCUCCAAUCCAGAACUUAACAAGGAAUCGGUACUCAAAUGUCAAGUGCGAGGCGCCAACAGGGGCUUUCUCCAAUCUGGACCUGGGUCUUCUAGACUUUGGUGCCUCAUACACCUUCAUACUCAAGAAGGAAGGUGAAAGCAUCGUGGCAGCCAGGUUUGAGGACGUGAUGGCCAACAAUGUUAACAUCGCCUGGCAGAUUCCCCAGUACGUCCUCAUCACCGUCGGGGAAGUCAUGUUCUCCGUCACCGGCCUGGAGUUCUCCUACUCACAGGCUCCGGCCAACAUGAAGUCAGUGUUGCAGGCCGGCUGGCUGCUCACCGUCGCCUUCGGCAACGUCAUCGUGCUGAUCGUGGCGGAGGGGGGGGGCCUGGAACAGUGGGCGGAGUUUGUGUUGUUUGCGUGUUUGCUGGUGGCGGUGUGCAUCAUCUUCUCCAUCAUGGCCUACUUCUACACCUACGUGGACCCGAGUCAGCUGGACAAACUGUACCAGCAGGAUGCUGCGAAGGGAGAGAGCGAGGACGAGCUGAAGAUGACCGAGAAGAUGACCAAACUAUAAACUCGGACCACCACCUUCCCACCUUCGGCCCUGUUCGGAUUGGUCCGCCGGUGCCCCUACGUAGCUCACUAUUUGGGCGAGUCGCCAUUUUGUAAUGCUGUCCGAAAUAUGAUUGGACGAAUCUGGAUCCCUUUAUAGUGCACCACUUAAUAAUGCCGUUAUUGCAACCUCCGAGAAGUUUAGACCUGCAGGUGUGCACUCAUUUCAGCACUAUCUCCCAUGAUGCAUAGCUGUUUUUAUAGUCAUCAGAUUCAUCCAAAAGAGAUGUCACAUACAUGAUAUGUAAAUUAGCUGUCACAGGGCGACAUCGCACACGGUUCAGCGACUAAUACACGUCACACUAAUAGACUUCAGGUACGCAUUUAGUGUCAGACGUUCAUACUUCUUCCCUAAUUAUUGCACAGGGAUUAGAAAUUGAGGGCAGAAGGUGAGUACUGCCAAUGUCUUAAUCAACUCCCUAGUCUCUGCUUUGCCUUAAAGUGUGCCUGGGAAAGGCAAUUAUAGUACUCUGCAAUCCCAGUUUCCAGGGAUGAUUUAUUUUGGUUUUUGUAAUUAAUUAUAUUGUCGACUUAUGUACUUUAUUUGUGACGUUUACAUGUUAAGAUGGGAUGAAUAUUUUUUUGUUUCUUGUUUAUUGUAUGACCAGUGAUGAAUCGUCCAUGCAAAUCUGCGAUUCUAUUUUUACAUUUUAACAUGUUUAUUUUUAUUUUUAAUGACAAGAAUAAUAUUAUUUUGGGUUUGUUGCGCAAGAAAUUAUACUUUAAAAUGUUGCACAAAACAUAGAUUUUAGCUUUCUAAAAUCUCUUUGAAUGGCUUUUUAUAAUAAUAAUAAUAAUAAUGGAUUGAAUUUAUAAAGCGCUUUUCUAGACACUCAAAGACGCUUUACAGUGAAGGGGGGAACCUCACUAACCACCACCAGUGUGUAGCACCCACUUGGGUGAUGCACGGCAGCCAAUCUGCGGCAGAACAUUCACCACACACUAGCUUGUGGUGGAGAGUGAGGGAAUUAAUGAGUCAGCCAAUUAUACAGGAGGAUGGGAUCUUUUAUGACCUCAGUGAGUCCGGACCUCAGUUUUACGUCUCCUCCGAUGGACUUUAACCUUGUUUCCUAUUGUCUACUUUGGUAUUAAUCAUCUUAAUUAGAGAACUAUUCACAUACUAAAGGAUUGCCUUUGACUGAACACAUAUUUUGCCUACAUUAUGGAUAAAUGAGACCUUGCUGCUUUCCAGUAUUUGAUGUUAAAUCAUUUUUAUAAGGCUUGGACACCAUUCUGUAGAAUGUCUUUUUUAUUUUUUUUUAAGAAAACAAAUGUAUAAAAUGUAUGCAAUAAUUAACAUAAAUUUUCCAAUUAACGCUGCGUCAAUUCAAAGUUCCUGGAGAACCCUGACAAAUGUUCGGCAAUUAAAAAGUACAGGUUCCUGUCAGCUGUUAGCAUUGGACAAGCAUCGACCAAUCACAACACCAUUAUAAUCUGCUGUUGCUGUUGGAAAGCAAUGCUCUGAUUACUAUAUGAGGAGUGAGUAAAUGAAUUUCCCACUAACAAUGUUAAGUUAACAACUUUUGACUUCUUUAAAUGAAAAAACAACAUUGUAGAUUUUUUUUUUCUUCCUGAUUUAGGAUUGUGUAAACAAGGUUUACCGAAUUAGGUUGUGUAAACAAGGCAUGUGUCAAAACCCGGGAACUUGCUGAUAUUUAUUCCCACAUUUACUUGAUCGGCUUAUGAAUUGCUCAAUUAAUCCUCAGUAAUUUCCUCCAACUGUUUGUAUUUCUGUGACUCAUCAGAAGUUUGGACUAACUGCUUACUCGGGGGGGGAAGCAUUUCACUCCUUAAUCACAGCCAAAGUGGCCUUUAAGGGGAUGUUUUAAACCAUGGGAUUCUGAUCCUGCCAAACAGGGGACUGGGGUCAAAAUCUUAACCUAUCAAGCGAAAGCUUAGCACCACGUUGGUGUCCAGACACAUACCCCUCUAGCCUAAGCAGGAGUCAUUUGCACCAAAGCCUCUUUAAUAAACAAACAAGAAGCGUGAAGACUGGUUUGAUGCUCCUUUGAACACAAUCUUCUCCCCUCCACACAACACAAAUAAGUCCCAUGUGUCAUUUACCGUGGAUCGAAACCUCAACGAUGUGCGGGUGUGACCCCGGGACGUCUCCCGCUCCGCUUCUCCAACAACAGCUCUGUGACGCGGCUGAUGACAUCAGGAUGCACCAGGCAGUCCAAUAGGUCGUUGGUGGUGAUUGGCAGCGCAUCC